CGCGGUGUUUAUUUGGCGGGGUCCGGAUUUGAGCGGCACGUGGCGCGCGCCCCCCCACCUCCUCCUGGCUUUUUAAAGGGCGGGGUGGGGGGCAGCCACCGCCACUGCACGUUAACAUUUUAAAGUGGGCGUCGUCGGCGUAGUUAAGUCUCUAAACAUUGAGAUAUAUAUACACACGCGCCGCAAGCGUGUUGAUAGGUGCCGUAUAGCAACACACGCAGAGUGCUCUUCUGUGUGUAACACGCAGCUUUACACGUGCAGUGUGUUUAACGGUGCUGUAUGCAUGUUGCACGGAUAUAUGCACGCGGCUUAAUGCGAUAGUUUACACGGGAGUACAACGGCAUAUACAUAGUAACACAAAGUGUAUGUCCACUGCACACACUGCAGAAUACACAGUUUACACAAAGUGUACACGCAUGCCAGGCAAACGCAUUAAGCAGUACAUGGCAUGCACGUAGAGUACGGAAUACGCACGUGCUAGCUGCAUUACGAUACACGUUUAACACGUGCAUGCACAAUGCAAAUUAGUGCUUACGUAUAAUAAUCCUAGUUAGGUAAUUGAUUGGUAAAUUAUAUUACAUUAACGCCGACUCGACACUUUAACAGCUAAAACCGGUCAAAUUUGUACCUGCCGUUAUAAUCCAUAAUGUUGCGAUAAUUGUAACGGUAGACUCUCUGGCAUGUAUUGUAUCCGGUACGCAUUUUUAAAUAAUAUUCUCACAGCCACUCGUUUAUUUAUGAGUCUUGGAAUUCAAUUUGUAGCAAACGACUGCAGUGAACGUUCCCAAAUAUGUACUGUUUCUACAAUUAUAAUGGCAUUCUGAUGAUCAGAUUUUAAUUAAUUGGGGCCACAGUGUAUAGUUUGUUAAUAGUUUACUGUUGUUAACAAUCGUACAUUGUAUAAGGAAGGAAGGAGGAGCCCACGGUCAUUAAUUUGCCAGCCGCAAUCUGCGAGUUCGAGGCCGUGCGACAUCUCGCGCGGUUUAAAGUUGUAGCGCCGACCUGCUCACUAAACUUCGACGGGGUCGUCUUGAUCUUGGAGAUGGAGUAUUACUUGGAGAUUAAGAUCAUCUUCUUGGCGCUCCUGUUCUUCUUGACGCUGCUAUUUGGCCUGGUACCGCUCAAGUUCGUCAGGUGUUCUUCCAGCUCGUCGGGAGGACAACCGGAGAACGGCCUUCGAAGCCGCCUCUUCCAGCUGCUGAGCAGCACUACGGCCGGCGUCUUCCUCGCCACGUGCCUGCUGGACCUGCUGCCCGACUACCUGGCGAGCAUGCAGGAAGCCCUCUCUGACCUGCGCGCCACGACUGCUUUCCCGCUGGCCGAGUUUAUCCUAUCCGUCGGCUUCUUUGCGGUAAUGCUGCUGGAGCAAGCCGUGCUUUCCAUGCACGGCCGCGCGAUGACAUUGCCAGUGGCAGCAUCAUCAGGGAGCCGCAGCUCGGAGACACGGGCGCUCCUCUCCCCCGCGGGCUCGUCGCCCGCCUCAGAACCUCCGCACGUCAAGGCCGUCGUUCUGCGCCCGCCCGCCGCGUCGAAGUCCUCCGCCGCCGCCGAUCCGGAACCGGGCCGCUGGGCCUCGGGGGGCCCCGGCGCGCCCGCCGAGGACGCGGAGGCGGGCGCCCACCUCCACGUGGACCGCAGCUCCCACUCGGCGGUGCGCGCAUGGGGCCUGCUCGUCUCGCUGGCUCUGCACUCGGUGCUCGAGGGGCUGGCCGUGGGGCUGCAGCAGCCCGGCUCUCCGGGGGCGUCCCUGGCCGGCCUGGUGGGGCUGUGCGCCGCCGUCGUGGUGCACAAGUGCGCCGUGGCGUCGGGCCUGUGCGUGCGCCUCGUGCAGGCGCGCCUGGGCCGCCAGACGUCAUUCGCCGCGCUGCUCGGCUUCGCGCUCAUGUCGCCCGUCGGGGUCACCGUCGGCAUCGGCCUGCUCGACUCGCCGGCGCUCGCCGAGAGCCACAUGCCCCGCGCCGUGCUCCAGGGCCUUGCGACAGGAACCUUUCUGUACGUCACAUUCCUGGAAAUCUUGCCACAUGAGCUCAACAGCCAGCACUGCCGGCUGCUGCGCGCCGUGUGCCUUCUCGUUGGCUUCUCCGUCAUCACCGCGACGCUCUUCGCCACUACCUGAAGUCGCGCGACCGCGACGCAAAAAUCUGUCGCCGGGUCUCUCUACGAGACCGGCCAAGGCUUUGCCGCUGCACCCUCGGGGAUACUUGCCUGGUUCCCUUGCAUCGUCACUGAUUCUUGCCCUCUCCUCCUCCAUCUACUCCCCUCUCUGCCCAUUCACAUUCUCCACUGCCACCUCGUCACAUUGGUCGUGGGUGGCACUGCAAUGUUAUCCUUUGUUGCACCAAAAUAAAUGAAACCCCUGGGGCGUUGUUUUAUGCAGUUGGUUAACACCGCCUCCAGCAGUGGCGCAAUGCGGUUGGCAUGGACCACGGUGCAAGGAAUGAAAUGGGUGGGGGGGGGGGGUCCCUUUUCAAUUUCCUCUCUCUGUAGCCUGGUGGCUGGGGCCCCGCCUUUGACCCGUGAUGCCCCCUGUGCAGUCGCACCGCCUGCACACUCGAUAGCUACGCCACUGCUCUUUAGCCUGGUGUAUAGUGGCUAUCCGUUGUAAAGUAAAUUGAUUCAAGAUAAAAUAGUGAAUCGCGUGUAAUUACAUUGGUGUAUUAAUACGCGUUCUAAAGUACAGCAUACGCUGUAUUUUAAUCUGGCUUGCACAAACAACAACAACAACGUAACACUUACACGAUUGCCACACAUCUCAUUUCACUUUCAAAUUCCAUUGCAUUCUUCUGAUACUGUGCUUAAUGAAAGAGAAAAAAAUAUAUGUUGAUGGCCAUCAUCUAUAAAUUCGUCUUAAUGAAAUGGCUUUGAUCGGUUGUUGAAACAGAUACUGCUUCGGCGCAAGUGCAAUGUUUUCGCGUGUCACGUUUUCUGUUAUGUUUCUCAAAUGUUUCGUAUCGUAAAUAGGAAGGAUGCUUCAAAUAAAAGUACAUUUUUAUGCUCGCAACAUGCAUCAAGUUGCAUGUGUAACAAUGUAUGGGUUAGUCUGAAUGCGUUGUAUGUAAUGGGCUUGUGUCCAGGUGCUACGUAUAUUUUACUUGCACUGUUUAAAUACUGAAGAAUCGAUUUGUUGAAUAUAAUCAUGAUCCUAGACCCUGACAAUAGAAUGAAUAAGGAUGAUGCACUGUUUCACCUGUAAUCAUAACUUUAAUUUUCCAAAACAAAGUUAUACGAUUCCAUCCCAUAACAUUUACAUGAAGUAUAUAACAUUUUAGGAACUGUUUUCAGUGGUCUGGAAGCAUUGACAGUAAAUGUGUCACCAACAUCAUGAACUAAAACUGCCCUUUUAAUUCAAACAAUCACUAUGUAAUAAUCUAAUGUUUUCAUCUACAGUGUUUCUUUAAAAAUAAGUCAUGCUUAAAUUAUGUAUUGUGUAUUUGCCGGAAUAGCAAAAAAUAUAUAUCACCAAAAGGUUUCUUUUCUCCUCUUCAAUAUUUUGACAAUAUUCAAAAUUUAGUCAUUGAAGAUAUAAAACGAUAUUCGUGGUUCAGCAGUGGCGACAGGUGUUCAAUUCCUAACCACGGCUAACAUCAGUGGUGAGUAUUGGGUACCUGUUAAACCAACCUAUGACCAGUGCGGUGAAGUAUGGUCGCAACACCCAUGACCGACGUGGGGAGACCUUCAUCCAGCAGUGGAUUGAUAAAGGUCUGUAGCUAAUAUUGUAUGUUAUGAAGAAUUGCGUAAUGUAUACGUGUGGCAUAUGGCAGGAUUUUUCAAAUGUCAAUUUGAAAGUUAAAAUAAAUGUUACAGUUAAUGAG